CGGGCUCCCAUUGGCCCCGCGGCGAGCCCCCAUGGCCGCGGCCCGGCGGCUAUUUGUGGGCGCGGGCGGCGGGCGCGAGCGGAGCCGCGGGGCCGCCUCGUCCGACGGCAUGACUCAGUGGUACCAGCUGCAGCAACUUGACUCCAAGUUCUUGGAGCAAGUCCACCAGCUAUACGAUGACAGCUUUCCCAUGGAAAUCAGGCAGUACCUGGCCCAGUGGCUGGAAAACCAGGACUGGGAACAUGCGGCCAACAACGUCUCUUUUGCUACGGUGCUGUUCCAUGACCUGCUGUCACAGCUCGAUGAUCAGUUUAGUCGAUUUUUGAUAGAAAACAACUUUCUGCUGCAACACAACAUAAGGAAAAGCAAGCGUAACCUUCAGGAUAACUUCCAAGAAGACCCAAUACACAUGGCAAUGAUCAUCUACAACUGUUUGAAAGAAGAAAGGAAAAUACUGAACAGUGCCCAGCUAUCUAAUCAGAUGGAAGUGGGGAGCGUACAGAACACCGUGGUUGGGAUGCUGGACAAACAGAAGGAACUUGACGCAAAAGUUAAGGCUGUAAAAAACAGUGUUAUAGAUGUGGAACAAGACAUCAAGACAUUAGAGGAUGUGCAAGAUGAAUAUGACUUUAAAUGUAAAACCUUGCAGAACAGAGAGCACGAGCCCAAUGGUGUGUCACAGGAGGAAUAUAAGAAAGAACAGAUGAAUCUCAAGAAGAUGUUCUUAUUACUUGACAUCAAGAGAAAGGAAGUGGUGAACAAGAUAAUACAGCUGUUGAACACCACAGAGCACACACAGAGUGCUCUUAUUAAUGAGGAGCUGGUGGAGUGGAAACACAGGCAACAGACUGCAUGUAUUGGAGGCCCACCCAAUGCCUGCCUUGACCAGCUACAGAACUGGUUCACUGUUGUUGCUGAAAGCCUGCAGCAAGUUCGUCAGCAGCUCAAAAAGCUUGAGGAACUGGAGCAGAAGCUUACUUAUGACCCCGAUCCCAUCACAAAAAACAAACAAGUUCUGCAGGACCGAACACACAGUCUUUUCAAACAGCUUAUCCAGAGCUCCUUCGUGGUAGAGAGACAGCCUUGCAUGCCAACCCACCCUCAGAGGCCAUUAGUCCUUAAGACAGGCGUACAGUUCACUGUGAAGCUCAGAUUGCUGGUGAAAUUGCAGGAACUGAACUACAACCUGAAAGUGAAAGUUUUGUUUGAUAAAGAUGUAAGCGAGAAGAACUCAGUCAAAGGGUUCAGGAAAUUUAAUAUUCUGGGAACAAACACAAAAGUAAUGAACAUGGAAGAAUCUACUAAUGGAAGUCUAGCAGCAGAGUUCAGGCAUUUGCAACUGAAAGAACAGAAAAACGCAGGAAGCAGAACGAAUGAGGGUCCUCUCAUCGUAACAGAAGAACUUCACUCCCUGAGUUUUGAGACACAGCUGUGCCAGCCUGGCUUAGUAAUAGACCUUGAGACCACGUCCCUUCCCAUUGUUGUGAUCUCAAACGUGAGCCAGCUUCCAAGCGGAUGGGCUUCCAUCUUAUGGUUCAACAUGCUGUCUACUGACCCCAAGAACUUGUCUUUCUUUCUGAAUCCACCUUAUGCAAAGUGGUCUAAGCUUUCUGAAGUUCUGAGCUGGCAGUUUUCAUCUGUGACAAAGAGAGGCCUUAAUGCAGAUCAAUUGAGCAUGCUGGGAGAGAAGCUACUUGGGCCAACAAGCGGAGGAUCUCAUGAUGGUCUUAUUCCUUGGACAAGAUUCUGCAAGGAAAAUAUAAAUGACAAAAAUUUCCCUUUUUGGCUGUGGAUUGAGGGGAUUCUGGAGCUAAUUAAGAAACACCUCCUGUGUCUCUGGAACGAUGGCUGCAUCAUGGGAUUCAUCAGUAAAGAGAAAGAACGUGCUCUAUUGAAGGACCAGAGCCCAGGAACAUUCUUACUAAGGUUCAGUGAAAGCAGCAGAGAGGGAGCAAUCACGUUUACUUGGGUAGAAGGAUCUCAAAAUGAGCCCCAGUUCCAUUCAGUAGAACCAUACACCAAGAAGGAGCUCUCUGCUGUUACCUUCCCUGAUAUCAUUCGCAACUACAAAGUGAUGGCAGCUGAGAACAUUCCUGAAAAUCCACUGCGAUUUCUGUACCCGGAUAUUCCCAAAGACAAUGCCUUUGGCAAAUACUACUCCAGGCCUAAGGAGGCCCCAGAGCCGAUGGAUUUGGACGGUCCCAAGGGAAACGGCUACAUCAAGACUGAGUUAAUCUCUGUUUCUGAAGUCCACCCUUCCAGACUCCAGUCUCCAGAAAAUCUGCUGCCCAUGUCUCCUGAAGAGUUCGAUGAGGUGUCUCGGAUGGUGGGUCCAGCGGAGAUUGACACUGUGAUGUGUUCAGCAUAUUCAACUUAAAGGUUGAGCUUUUGACUGCAUCAUUAACCAGCUGAUUAGCUUAUGCAUCCUGCUCUACAGCCAGUGACUUGGUGACAAGCUUCACUCCAAUUCUUUGGGAAGGCCCUAGGUAAUUCAAAGCAUACGUUUCUCAACCUGAAGGUCCACAGUAGCAACUUUUAACUAGUGGGAAUACAAGCAGCAGUCCGAGUAGGCUCCAUAUACGCACAAUUUUUGUUUAAAGUUUCAUUAAGGAACGUCCCAUUGACAGCAUACUGUGCCAGGGCAAAGGAACAGCGAAGGCUAAGAAUGAGGGGUCCUCACAAGAGUGAGGGGGAGAAACGUGCAUUUAAGUGAAUUUGGUAAAUGUAACAUUUAAAGUAGUUGGCUGUACAUAAAAGGAUUUCAGAGGAAAGCCGGUUCUUUUGCAGAGGCUCUCUGUUCAGAACACUUGCACCUUCUGCUUCUGAAGAACUUUGACAGCUUUGAAUCUUUUUCUGCAUCACAGAAAGGGGAGCAGAGAAAGGUGCCGCAGGUAUACAUGCCACACUGAACCUGUAUGAUACUGAAGUUUGGCCUAGGUUUCUUUUAUACAAGCAUGGCAUACUGCUCUGCAGGAAAACGUAAGCCAAAAAAUGUUAUCCACGUUUCAUUUUUGCUUGUUUCUUAAGGCAGAGCCUUCUUGGGUAGGAUGUUUUGCACAAUCUUUCACAUAAAGAGCACUUUCAAAAACCCCUUGAAGCUGUAUUGGCACGUGCUGAGCUUGCAGCUCAAUGUAUACAAUCAAGAAAAAGCUAAAGCUUUACCGGUUGCAGUCAUACUGUCUGGCAGCACUAUCAGAUAAAACAAGAACCUACUCUUAGAGUAAAAAAGGGGCUUGUUUUUACUCGCUGUGCUUAAUGAACCACAGUGACGAUCUGGUCACUGGUAGCUUUUACAGUAAAACAUGCCAGGUGGAAUGGAACUUGAUUUUCUCAUGUACUAAGAAACAGGGCACUUAAUUGCUGAAUAGCUAGAAGACUCGACAAGCUUUGAUAAGUGAUUUUGCAGUUAGGGAGAAGGCACAGGAAAGUGAAAAACUAUAUUGAGUAAUAGCAGCAGGAUGUGCUGUUUUUGUACCUAAGGCAUAAAAUUGUGCUUCUGUCAGAGGAGGAACAGAGUUGUUUUUCAGCAUGUCUGAAGAUAAUUAACAACUUGGUUAAGAUGCAAGGUUGUCUUAAAGCAGUGGGUCUCUUGGACUAAGGGCAUGUAUUCGUCCAGGCUGCUCAUUAUCAUGCAGCCACUCCGAAGGAAUCCAGAACACAGAUGCUGGAUCCCCCGUGUUCAGGCAGAGUUGCUAGUGCAGCUUCUGACGCUACUGCUGUCCAUUCCCAGUGCCUGGGAGGUCAGCAUUGGCCAACACAGCUCAGGAACUGCAGAGCUGCUUUGCAACCCUUCAGAUACGCUGAUUGGCCACUUCUUUGAAAAUAACUAACUAGUUCAGUUCAGUGUAUUCUGCCCAGGAAGACCAACGUGCCCCUGCAAAAGCUCGAGGGAAAGAAAAUUUGAAGGGCCUAGAGCAAGCAAAGUAUGUACUUAAAUGGAAAGUAUUGUUAAACUGUCUUAUUUUUGGCACCCUAGGUUACUGAGGCUAACAACUGGUGACCUAAUGCUUUAGUCUUAGCAUGAAUAGCUGAAUGUGAGCCUUUAUUGUAAUGUAGGAUCAGACUUUUUUUUUUUCCCUGGAGCUACACCUUGUACCAAUGUUCUAUAUGCAACAGUCUAUUUUCAUUAUUUUUAAACUUCAGUUUUUAUCAACCAGGAUGAAAUUUUCUUGUGAGACUUAAAACAGCCUUAUUCAUAACUUCGUCUUUACAUGGCCAGUAGUCCCAAAAGCAUAUUUUUUUUCCAAUGGAAUAUUAUUUUGCCAUUUUAAAUAAAGGGAAGCAUCCUUCUUCACGGA